UUGGUGGAUGAUCAUUUACCCCUGAUGCGCAGAGUUGAGGACUAGUGUGUGGACAGCGCCUUAUCAGCUUGGAAAACUGAUUGUUGCGCAUAUUACAGCAACAACAUAUACGAUUUGGGUCUGUGGCAAUGGAACCCUAAUAUCUCGUGCGGAUGUCCUAAUUUAUGGAUUGAGUAAUACUGUAACCGACCUUGUCAUUCCGACUCCAAAAGUUGUGCUGAGGGAUUCUUUAUCUGCUAUCAAGCACCUGGGAGGAAAAUGUGGAGAUUUACGAAUUUAUUAGCUUGCCUACUGGUGGUGUGUAAAGAUGUCACUGCACAGAGUAAGAUCUUUGGGGAGACAGAGCCGGUGCGGAUGACAUCGGAGGGCUCAGACUGUCGAUGUAAGUGCAUCAUGAGGCCACUGAGCAAGGAUGCGUGCCAGCAUCUGAGGAGCGGGAAAGCACGGGUGGAGGACUUCUACACGGUGGAGACCGUCAGCUCUGGAUCGGACUGCAAGUGUUCCUGCACAGCCCCUCCCUCAUCCCUCAACCCCUGCGAGAACGAGUGGAAGAUGGAGAAGCUGAAGAAACAGGCCCCAGAGCUUCUCAAGCUCCAUUCCAUGGUGGACCUACUGGAGGGGACGCUGUACAGUCUGGACCUCAUGAAGGUUCACUCCUACAUCAAUAAGGUGGUCUCCCAGAUGAACACACUAGAGGAGACAAUCAAGACCAACCUGACUCGGGACAAUGAGUUUGUAAGGGACAGCAUGGUCACUCUGACAAACCAGUUUAAGAGGUAUGAAAACUACUCAAACAUCAUGAUGAGCAUCAAGAAGGAGAUCUCCAGCCUGGGGCUGCAGCUACUGCAGAAAGACCAAACAGAGACCAAAGCUCAGGACACCAAUGAUGAGAAAACCAAAGAGACCGUAAAAAAACCUAACAAAAAGUCCCCUGCAUCUAAGCCCCCUCCCAAGCCGCCCAAGGAAAAGGUUGUAAAACCCAAGAAAGAGAGCACCAAACCUGGGAAGCCCAUCAAGCCUGACCCCACAGCCAAGGCCAAAGUGGCAGGGCACCAGCCGGGGGUAGUGAGGGGCAUCACAUACUACAAAGCAGCCAAGGUGGAUGGGGACGGGCAUGUCACAGGCAGUAAAGACAACUCUGCCAAGACUCAAACCGUCCAACACGUCAAAGAGACACACUCGGAGGACGGAGGCGCUGAAAUCAUCUUGGAAACCAUAAAGGGAACCACAGCUGACUCGACAACCACCACAGAAACUGCUGUCACUACCACGACAACAAUGGCAGCAACAACAACAACAGCCAGUACCACAAUGCCAUCUACUACCACCACCACCACCACCAGUGCAGCAGCAGUAGAGAGGCUAGACAGACCAGCUCCCACCAUCAUGCUCUUCCUGGACAACUCGGACAACAACAGCCGGCCAAUCCUACACAGAGCAGGGAAGAUCCUAGACUGUGAGGGGACCCUGGCGUCUAUCGAGCUACCAGAGAAGCAGCACAGCUAUGGGAGGAAUGAGGGAGCAUGGAUGAAGGAUCCUCUGGCAAAGGACUCCAAGAUCUACGUCACUAACUAUUACUAUGGCAACAACCUGGUGGAGUUCCGAAACCUGGACAACUUCAAGCAAGGUCGUUGGAGCAACCUCUUCAAACUGCCUUACAACUGGAUCGGCACAGGCCAUGUGGUGUACAACGGAGCAUUUUACUACAACAGAGCUUUCACCAAAAACAUAAUUAAGUACGACCUAAGGAUGCGUUACGUGGCCGCCUGGACCCUCCUGCAUGACGUGGUUUACGAGGACACCACCCCUUGGAAGUGGAGAGGCCACUCGGACAUUGACUUUGCCGUGGACGAGAGUGGACUGUGGGUGAUCUACCCUGCCACGGACUAUGACUACUCUCAGCAGGAGGUGAUCGUCAUCAGUAAGCUGGACCCUGGGGAUCUGUCCAUGAAGAAGGAGACAACUUGGAGGACGGGCCUGAAGAGGAACUCCUACGGGAACUGCUUCAUCAUCUGUGGGGUGCUGUACGCUGUGGACGUCUACAACCAGAAGGAAGGGGAGGUGAACUAUGCCUACGACACCCACACCAACUCAGAGGCUAUUCCUCGUCUGCCCUUUACCAACGAAUACGCCUACACCACCCAGAUCGACUACAAUCCCAAGGAGAAGGUCCUGUACGCCUGGGACAAUGGACACCAGAUCACAUAUAACAUACACUUUGUUGACCAAUGAGCACAGGGGUUUUGCGCUCAGGUAAAGUAUAGGCCAUCAGCACUAUGACAAGUUCACUAUCCCCAUAGAGAUAAGAGAGAUGCUCAGUAAUAGAUGCGGUAAAGAGGUCAAUGGAACGGGGAAUAGGAGAAGGAUGCCGGAUUGGGGCACAUUCAAAUCUGAUCUAAUGAAGUGGAUAUUCAUCAAGCCCAUUAUCAUUGAUGUAUUGUAAGAGGCCUACAAUGUGGUUACUAAAGUCCAAUUUUGAUAUAUUUGGCUGUUUUUGCUGCAUAACAUUUAGAAGUAGUCCCUGUUCAGGUUUAGAAGAAGUAACUGCUAAAUGGUAACUCCCAUUCGUAUAAGCUGGUAGCGUAGCUAGCACUGAGAAAUCUGUGGUGAUAGUCAAUGUUGUUUUUAACUGUAAUGCAGUUCAUUGGUGAUUAUGACAUGAACAUGUGUUGGGGUUGACAUCCAUACAGCAUUAUACUCUGAUUUUCACCUCAAAAUAUUGUGAAAUACACAUAUAAACAAUAGCCUAAAUGUAGGUUAAUUUUAAUGGGGGGCAGUGAGGAGAUUCGGAUCUUUCCCCCCGAGCAUUUCCAUGGCAUUUUCAUUGUAUUGGUCAAAUUCCAUUGACCUCUUUACCGGAUCUAUGGACAGUCCAGCAGCGCCCAUAUUAGAUUCAACAGCCAACAUUCCUCUUUCAAUGCAUACUAACCAAUACACUUGACAGCAUACCAUGCGUCCCGUACUCAACAAGGUUCCUGGUCAAUGUGGACUCUAUAUUGGGAUGCUAUUGUAAAUCACGAACGGCUCAUAUAUUCCACCCAUUUGAUUUUUAUGGCCCAUCAAACUCUUAUCCUGUCACCUAGCACUAUGAUCAUCUGUAAUUGUCAUUUCAGGCCUAUUGACGAUGUUUGUUUUUAAACUUGUAUAAAUGUUGCUGCAUACUGUAGUGUUAACUGUUAAAAUUGUUUCUUUCAGUGAGGACGAGGGAUGCUUUGAGUAUAGAGUACCAGUCAAAAGUGUUGAGUUUUUAUUUAUUUUUACUUUUUUCUACGUUGUAGAAUAAUAGUCAAGACAUCGAAACUAUGAAAUAACACAUAUGG